UUCUUUCCAAUUCUCAUCAUCAUUUUCCAUUUCCCCACCGAGAGUAAACGGAGAAGCAGAGCAUCAGGCAGAGCUCCGGGGAAAAAGUUCGGUAGCUCGAUUCUUGAGCAUAAGUGAUCCAAAAAUCCCGUAAGUAAUGCCUAAUUCAUCUAUUCAUCGUAAUUUAUCGAUUUAGAGCUUUAAAACAAGUUUUUGGUUCAGAAAUUUCUUGAAUUCCCGAUAAGCCAAAUUAGGGUUUCGGAGUAUCCGGAAGCCGGAUUGAGCCCAAAUUUCAUUUACGAGCUUCCUGCAGCGAGAUAAUCAAUCCUCUAGUUCUAAUCCCUGAAUUUCGGCUAUUAUUUAGGCCGGGGUCCAAACCGCUGAAUUUAGCUCCGGCCAGGGUUUGAUGUGUUUUUAUCGAGAAUUUGACACGGAGCCUAGAACUAAUAUUGACGGGGAUACUGCAGGGGAUAUUAGGACGGUCUCGGAUUUUAAUUCGGGGUUCGUUCGUGAAAUUGACGUUUUAGUACGGGAAGGUUAAACCGGUGUUUGAACGACCAGAACUGGUGAGGGAUUAGCACGGCAUACCGGGUUUGUCGUAUCACGAUAAUUAUAUUGAUGCUUAGAAUUGACCUAGGUGAACUAGAAUGGCAUGAUUAGGGGUGUAUGAACUUUUGUGCUAUAUGUUGAACCCUGGACUGCUGUAUGAUAUUAUUGACUUGUCCUAAUCGAUAUGGACCUUGUUUAUGCUGAUGAUUGCAUACAUGUUGCCAUUUGUGGCUUAACUGUUUAUAUGACUUCAUGGUUGUUCGAUCAGGUGUUUUGACAUGAUGUGAUAUUGUGGUUCUAUUUGGAUUCACAAGUGGGGGAAAUAAACUUCCCAGGUUGAUAUUAUGAUUUUUAAGGAGGAUGACUUGCACGAGGGUUUAUCCCGAGGAAGUGCAAUUAUACGACUCCUGGUUUACCUAUGUUGAGCCAAUUAUGGGCAGGUCAAGUACAUGUGCAAGUAACGAAUUGUGAUUAAGCAAGAUGAGAUAUGAAUCAUGUACAAGGAUACCAAAUAUGAGUGUUGUGGUCUCACGGUCAACUACAUAGUAAUUAGGGCUCCCUAUGCUAUUACUCUAUUAUGAUAUGUAUGAUAGUCACACCUCUCAUGUGGUGGUGACUGAAGAAUUCUUAUGAGAUAUGACCACACCCAGAGCGGUGUUGGGGUAUGACUACACCCAUAGUGGUGUGGGGUAUGUAUGACCACAUCCGACGGGAUGUUGGGGUAUGUAUGACUACAUCCGACGGGAUGUGGGGUAUGUUUCCCGGGAGAGUUAUUAGCAUGGGAGUAGCCAGGCACCUAUAAGUAAAACAUGAUAAGAUGCAUAUGCAUAAGUCAAGGUGGUUGAGUCUUUUGCCUAUUGGGAUGUCAGAGAGCUGAGAUCUGAUCCUAGUGCUUUGGCUUGUUUGCUAGAUGUAUGGUAGUGGUAUGCUAUGUUAUGAACUCAUGAUGCUAUGAUUAUCUCACUCAGCUAUGAGCUGACCCUCUUUUAUUCUUCUUCUCUGCUUAUGCCAUGUGUAAGCAGAUCAUCAGCAGCAGUAGAUAGGUGUAUAGGUGGGAGCUGAGCAAGAGUUGAAGGCAAGAUGAGGUAUGGUCUUCAACUAUUCUGUGCUUGGACUACUACUCGGGAUUUUGGCCAGUGAUCCACACCUUUUUGUAAAAAUGUUUUGAGAACGUUUUUCAUGUGCAUACUAGCUUCUGAUGUAGUGUGAGAUAUCCACAGGUGUUGAAAGUUGAUGAUAUGUGUAUAUUUUUGUAAUUAUGUAAGUUGUGACGAUUGUGGCUUGUAUCAGUAUAGUAUGCAGUUGUGUAGUAUGAAACUGUGACUAUGACUAUGAAAGCCAAUGCUUAUGGUUGUGAGUAUAUAUGUUUGUGAUGAUUUAUUUUGCAGGAUAAGUUGCAAGAACUGUUAGCACAUUACGCGAGUAAUUCAUGUCGCAAUUUUAUUUGGGUAAAUUUUGAUAAUUAAUGUAACACCCGAGAUUAAUUCCGCUGCAAUUGUAUGAACAAUAUGAUUAGGCAAAACGUAUAGGGUAGGGUGUUAUAGUUUGGUAUCAGAGCCCGGUUCCCUCUUUUUGCUGUUAUGGCGUACUAUACCCUAUGGGAGGUUAAACACUCCUAAGGAGGGGAGUACCCCAUAAUGACUUAAACUGGGAAUUGAGUUUGACAUGAUUAUGUGUAUUGGUAUGUUGGAUGAAAUUAUCUGCAUCAUGGUUUUCAAAAUUGAGCUUUGAACUUCUAUGUUUUCAAGUAAUUAUUUUGGAAAAAUUUCGUUUUAACCAAGUGAGAGAUUUGGUGAAGAAUGAAUUUUGUGUGGAUCAAUCUAAGGCCAAUAUUUCCUUGUAGCUCACACGGAAGUUGUCAUAAUGUUCCUACUGACCAGUCGAGAGGAGUGGGGGCGGUUGAUGCAAGAUCGCCAGUAUUAGAUUAUGCAAAGAUGAAGAGUUUGGGUGGUAGGGACUUUAAAGGAGAUGUGAGUCCGGAUGCUGUGGUAGAGUGGUUGAGGGAGAUGGAAGAUGUGUUUGAAUAUCUUUAUGCAACCCCAGAGGAAAAAGUGCAAUAUGUUGUUUUUCUCUUAAAGGGGUACGCGAGGAGCUGGUGGUCCUCAGUCUCUAGAGUUAAUGGUGAACGAGUUCAGUUCACCUGGGAGGAGUUCCUGAAGGCCUUUAAGACAGAGUUUCUUCCCGAAGCUUUUAUCAGGGCAAAGAACAAUGAAUUUGCCAACCUUAAGCAGGAGAAUAUGACAGUUACCGAGUACACCAUCAAGUUUGUUCAACUGCUUUACUUUGAGGAUGGGUUGGCGGAUACUGAGCAUAAGAAGAAAAUGAGAUACUUGCAUGGUCUGCGCAUAGGAUUGAAAGAAAAGAUCCACAGGGUUGAUGAAGAGAGCAUGGCCACAAUCAAGGAGGCAGCACUUAAGUAUGAAGCCUAUGAAGUUGAGAGCCGAGAGGAACACAAGGCCAAAGAAGAGGAGAAGAAGAGGAAGUUUGGAGUAAAUUAUGCUGGACCUCGUUACCCACCCAGGAGAGGUCCUAGCAGUUUUGGGAGAACACCGAGUCAAUCUAUGUCAGGAACAUCAUACAGGGCACCAAUUUCCUCAGCUACACAAUUUCCAUUUUGUCAAGUUUUUCAGAAGAGGCAUCUUGGAGAGUGUAGGAGAUUUUCUGGUGUAUGCUUUCACUGUGGCCAACCUGGGCACAUCAUGAGGGAUUGCCCGCAUGCGAGAGAAGUAAGAGCUACACAGUCCGAGCCUUCAGUGCAAAUGAGUAGAGCCCCAUUCAGGGGUGGUUACCAGGGAGGCCGUAGUGGAUUUCAGAGUGGUCGUGGUGGUUCACAGGGUGGUAGAGGUGGUGGUCGAAAUCGGCCAUCAGGAAGUGGUACACAGGGUACCAGAGCACAGGGAGCACCGAGGGUUUAUGCAAUGACUCGAGGUGAGGCAGAAGUGGCACCAGAAGUUGUGACUGGUAUGCUUUCUAUCCUUGGCAAGCAAUUAUAUGCUUUGAUAGAUACUGGUUCCUCUCACUCAUUCAUGUCAUAUACGUUUGCACAUAUGCUACGCUUAGUUCCAGAUAAGCUAGGUUAUACCUUAUGUGUUAAAACACCUGUGGGAGAUACCUUGAAGGUAGACUCAGUUAUUAGAAGUUCCUUCAUUUGUGUGGAAGGAGCUUUCCUGGCAGCAGAUUUAAUUCUGCUACCUUUUGAUGAAUUUGAUGUCAUCCUUGGAAUGGACUUUCUAGCAACACAUGGAGCUGCUGUGGAUUGUCAAAAGAAAGAAGUGUUAUUCAACACACCAGAUAAAGGUCCUGUUGUAUUUCGAGGCAUUAAGAAAAAGGAGACUCUUGGUUUUCUUUCUGCCUUGGAAGCUUUUCGAUUAGUGAAGGAAGGUUGUGAAGCCUUUCUUGCUCAAGUUACUGUAGUAAAUGAUAAGAAGGUUGAGGAUGUAGAGGUGGUAAGGGAGUUUCCUGAUGUAUUCCCCGAAGAACUUCCCGGCCUUCCACCAGAAAGGGAAGUAGAGUUUGAUAUUGAAUUGGUACCUGGCACAACACCAAUUUCAAUGGCACCAUAUAGAAUGGCACCAAUUGAGCUGAAGGAGCUUAAAGAACAAUUGCAAGAAUUGCUAGACAAGGGGUUUAUUCGACCUAGCAUCUCACCUUGGGGUGCACCGGUUUUGUUUGUCAAGAAGAAAGAUGGCUCCAUGAGAAUGUGCAUUGACUACCGGAGGUUGAAUAAAGCAACAGUGAAAAACCGUUAUCCCCUUCCAAGAAUAGAUGAUUUGUUUGAUCAAUUGCAGGGUGCAUCAGUCUUUUCUAAGAUUGAUUUGAGAUCUGGAUACCAUCAAUUGAAAGUGGCAGAUGGAGCAACCUCAAAGACAGCUUUUAGAACAAGAUAUGGGCAUUAUGAGUUCCUGGUAAUGCCUUUUGGACUCACUAAUGCACCAGCGGUAUUUAUGGCUCUAAUGAACAGAGUUUUCCAUGAAUAUCUUGAUAAGUUUGUGAUUGUGUUCAUAGAUGAUAUUCUCAUCUAUUCUAAAAGCGAGGAGGAGCACAAAACUCACCUUAGAAUUGUGUUGCAAAUUCUAAGGGAGAAACAAUUAUAUGCAAAAUUCUCAAAAUGUGAGUUUUGGCUGAAUGAGGUAAUAUUUCUGGGACAUGUAAUUUCUGGAAGAGGUGUCGAGGUGGAUCCGAAAAAGGUGGAAGCAGUGGUGAGUUGGGCUCCACCAAAAGAUGUGUCUGAGUUGAGAAGUUUUCUUGGCAUGGCGGGUUACUAUCGGCGGUUUGUCGAAGGAUUUUCUAAAAUUGCUGCACCAUUGACUAAAUUGUUGAGGAAGAAUACCAAGUAUGUUUGGGAUGAAUCAUGUCAAAAGAGUUUUGAUGAACUGAAGAAGAAAUUGACCACAGCACCAGUACUGGCUUUACCUUCAAACCAUGGAGAGUUCGUGGUGUAUAGUGAUGCCUCGUAUCAAGGAUUGGGUUGUGUGUUAAUGCAAGAUGGAAGAGUUAUCGCAUAUGCCUCUAGGAAAUUGCGUCCUCAUGAAGUAAAUUAUCCCACUCAUGACUUAGAAUUGGCAGCGGUGGUAUUUGCUCUCAAGAUUUGGCGACAUUAUUUGUAUGGUGAGACUUUUAAAAUCCUAACUGAUCACAAAAGCUUGAAGUAUAUUAUGGAUCAGAAGGAUUUAAAUAGUCGCCAGAGGAGAUGGAUAGAGUUGUUGAAAGAUUAUGAUUGUACCAUUGAUUACCAUCCAGGUAAAGCUAAUGUAGUUGCGGAUGCCCUAAGCAGAAAGGGGAAGAAGAAUAUAAAUGAUCUGGUUGAUUUGAGGGCAAUGAAUGUGGAUUUGGAAGUGGAUGGUGUGACAGGGUUACUAGCUCGGUUGAACAUUCGACCUUUGUUGCACGACAAAAUUCGUGAGAAGCAGAAGGAAGACCCAGAGUUGGCAAAAAUCAUUCAAGACAUUGAGGAAGGAAAAGAAAGCCCAUUUGAAAUGGUAGAUGGCAUGUUGAAGAUUAAUGGAAGAGCAUGUGUUCCUAAUGUUGAUAACUUGAGGAAAGAGAUCCUAGAUGAAGCUCAUUCUUCUGCUUAUGCUAUGCACCCAGGAGCAACUAAAAUGUAUCACACGAUCAAACCAUAUUUUUGGUGGCGUGGGAUGAAAAAGGAAGCGGCUGAACAUGUUUUCACAUGUCUGGUAUGUCAGAAAGUUAAGGCACAACAUCAAGCUCCUGUGGGAAAACUGCAGCCACUUCCAAUUCCAGAAUGGAAGUGGGAAAGAAUCACAAUGGAUUUUGUAUAUGGUCUCCCACCAUCAAGGGGAAAGGAUGCAGUAUGGGUUAUUGUGGACCGACUAACCAAAUCGGCUCACUUUUUACCCAUUAGGUGGAAACCAUCACUGGAGACUUUGUCUCAACUAUAUAUUAAGGAGAUCGUCAGAUUGCAUGGUGUGCCAAUUUCUAUUGUCUCUGAUCGAGACCCGAGCUUCACAUCUCGGUUUUGGCAAAGUUUACAUGAAUCCUUGGGAACUAAACUGCAUUUUACUUCAGCUUAUCAUCCUCAAACAGAUGGGCAGAGUGAACGAACCAUCCUAACUUUGGAGGAAUUACUUCGAUCAUGUGUAAUGCAAUGGGAGGAAUCAUGGAUUGCCCAUUUGCCCUUGAUUGAGUUUGCUUACAACAAUCAAUACCAUAGUAGUUUGGGUGUUCCACCAUAUGAAGCACUUUAUGGGAGGAAAUGUAGAACACCAUUAUGUUGGGAUGUAGAAGGAGCAAGGCAAAUCUCAGGGCCAGAGAUAGUUCAGAUCACAGUUGAUAAGGUCAAGGAAAUCAGGGAGCGUAUGAGGGUGGCUCAAGAUCGACAGAAAGUUUAUGUUGACAUGAAUAGGCGUGAAGUUCAUUUCGAAGUGGGUGAGAAAGUAUUUCUCAAAGUGUCACCAUGGAAAGGGGUGAUGAGAUUUGGUAAAAAAGGGAAACUUGCACCUCGGUAUAUUGGUCCCUAUGAAAUCACAGAGAAGAUUGGACCAGUGGCUUAUAAGUUGGCAUUGCCUCCAGAACUAUCUCAAAUCCACAAUGUAUUUCAUGUUAGUAUGCUGAAGAGGUACAAAGUGGAUCCUUCCCAUGUUAUACAACCAGAAGAGAUCGAGUUGGGUUCAGAUUUGACAUUUGAAGAGGUUCCAGUUGAGAUUGUUGAUUACCAGAUUAAGACUCUUCGCAGGAAAGAAAUUCCAAUGUUGAAGGUUGUGUGGAGAAAUCAAGAAAGUGAGAGUGCUACCUGGGAGACUGAGGCAAGUAUGCGAGAGAAGUACCCUGAGUUGGUAGCAACAUACUUUGCAGGUUAACAAUCUUGCUUAAUAAGUUAUGUUUUGAACUUGCUGAUGUGCUUUUGUUGUGAUAGCCCAGUAUAGGUUUUGAAACCUAAACAUGGGAACUUGAGGUGUUAUGUGUUACUUUCUAUGUUAUGAAUUGCCUAACCUAAGAGUUAGGUAAUGACUUUAUGUAUGAUAGAUCAGGUUAAGGGUAAGUAAGAGGAGUUAGAGUACGACUCAAGGUUAGAUUUCGGGGACGAAAUCUUUUAAGGAGAGGAGAAUUGUAACAUCCUGUUUCAGCUAAAAUCGUAUUUCGAUCGCUAGAAAGUUCGCGAUUUAAAAUCGAGCAUUUCGACACUAUUUCGACGAAAAUCGGAUUAUCGAUCGAUCGGAUAAGUAUACGUAUUAAUUAUAUAUAUUAUAUAAUAAAAAAAAAAUAUAUAUAUAUAUAUAUAUAAAUGCGGUCGACAUAUAAUUCCCGUCACUUUCUUUCCAAUUCUCAUCAUCAUUUUCCAUUUCCCCACCGAGAGUAAACGGAGAAGCAGAGCAUCAGGCAGAGCUCCGGGGAAAAAGUUCGGUAGCUCGAUUCUUGAGCAUAAGUGAUCCAAAAAUCCCGUAAGUAAUGCCUAAUUCAUCUAUUCAUCGUAAUUUAUCGAUUUAGAGCUUUAAAACAAGUUUUUGGUUCAGAAAUUUCUUGAAUUCCCGAUAAGCCAAAUUAGGGUUUCGGAGUAUCCGGAAGCCGGAUUGAGCCCAAAUUUCAUAUACGAGCUUCCUGCAGCGAGGUAAUCAAUCCUCUAGUUCUAAUCCCUGAAUUUCGGCUAUUAUUUAGGCCGGGGUCCAAACCGCUGAAUUUAGCUCCGGCCAGGGUUUGAUGUGUUUUUAUCGAGAAUUUGACACGGAGCCUAGAACUAAUAUUGACGGGGAUACUGCAGGGGAUAUUAGGACAGUCUCGGAUUUUAAUUCGGGGUUCGUUCGUGAAAUUGACGUUUUAGUACGGGAAGGUUAAACCGGUGUUUGAACGACCAGAACUGGUGAGGGAUUAGCACGGCAUACCGGGUUUGUCGUAUCACGAUAAUUAUAUUGAUGCUUAGAAUUGACCUAGGUGAACUAGAAUGGCAUGAUUAGGGGUGUAUGAACUUUUGUGCUAUAUGUUGAACCCUGGACUGCUGUAUGAUAUUAUUGACUUGUCCUAAUCGAUAUGGACCUUGUUUAUGCUGAUGAUUGCAUACAUGUUGCCAUUUGUGGCUUAACUGUUUAUAUGACUUCAUGGUUGUUCGAUCAGGUGUUUUGACAUGAUGUGAUAUUGUGGUUCUAUUUGGAUUCACAAGUGGGGGAAAUAAACUUCCCAGGUUGAUAUUAUGAUUUUUAAGGAGGAUGACUUGCACGAGGGUUUAUCCCGAGGAAGUGCAACUAUACGACUCCUGGUUUACCUAUGUUGAGCCAAUUAUGGGCAGGUCAAGUACAUGUGCAAGUAACGAAUUGUGAUUAAGCAAGAUGAGAUAUGAAUCAUGUACAAGGAUACCAAAUAUGAGUGUUGUGGUCUCACGGUCAACUACAUAGUAAUUAGGGCUCCCUAUGCUAUUACUCUAUUAUGAUAUGUAUGAUAGUCACACCUCUCAUGUGGUGGUGACUGAAGAAUUCUUAUGAGAUAUGACCACACCCAGAGCGGUGUCGGGGUAUGACUACACCCAUAGUGGUGUGGGGUAUGUAUGACCACAUCCGACGGGAUGUUGGGGUAUGUAUGACUACAUCCGACGGGAUGUGGGGUAUGUUUCCCGGGAGAGUUAUUAGCAUGGGAGUAGCCAGGCACCUAUAAGUAAAACAUGAUAAGAUGCAUAUGCAUAAGUCAAGGUGGUUGAGUCUUUUGCCUAUUGGGAUGUCAGAGAGCUGAGAUCUGAUCCUAGUGCUUUGGCUUGUUUGCUAGAUGUAUGGUAGUGGUAUGCUAUGUUAUGAACUCACGAUGCUAUGAUUAUCUCACUCAGCUAUGAGCUGACCCUCUUUUAUUCUUCUUCUCUGCUUAUGCCAUGUGUAAGCAGAUCAUCAGCAGCAGUAGAUAGGUGUAUAGGUGGGAGCUGAGCAAGAGUUGAAGGCAAGAUGAGGUAUGGUCUUCAACUAUUCUGUGCUUGGACUACUACUCGGGAUUUUGGCCAGUGAUCCACACCUUUUUGUAAAAAUGUUUUGAGAACGUUUUUCAUGUGCAUACUAGCUUCUGAUGUAGUGUGAGAUAUCCACAGGUGUGGAAAGUUGAUGAUAUGUGUAUAUUUUUGUAAUUAUUUAAGUUGUGACGAUUGUGGCUUGUAUCAGUAUAGUAUGCAGUUGUGUAGUAUGAAACUGUGACUAUGACUAUGAAAGCCAAUGCUUAUGGUUGUGAGUAUAUAUGUUUGUGAUGAUUUAUUUUGCAGGAUAAGUUGCAAGAACUGUUAGCCCAUUACGCGAGUAAUUCAUGUCGCAAUUUUAUUUGGGUAAAUUUUGAUAAUUAAUGUAACACCCGAGAUUAAUUCCGCUGCAAUUGUAUGAACAAUAUGAUUAGGCAAAACGUAUAGGGUAGGGUGUUACAGUCAUGGAUAAGUAAGUGAUAAAGAUUAUGGUUCAAAUAGGGGAUCCUUUGUUCGGCUUUUACUUUCAACGAAUCUUUGAUAUAUACAUUUUAUUGUUUUCAUAAUCGUACUAACAGUCCAAUCGAAAGAAAUGCCUAUUGGAACCCAACAUGAUUGGUGAUUUUAGUGGUGUGAAACAGUUGAACUAUAUGAUUAAACCACAGUUUUAGUAUAAAAUAUCCUUUCAAUAACUUUUCCGAUACAAUCUCCACUACGAUAUUAACAUACUUGAUAUUUUAUGAGUGUGCUUCAUAUUUGAAUUUUGAGGUAGUGCAUAGGACCUCCCUCAUCCCCAUAUGUCCGCCACUGCGAGUACCUAUAGUCAUUAGAGGAAAUGAGGUGGCAAUUAGGGGUGGGCAAUGGGUUGGUCCAAACUGGACCACACCGGAUCGAAUCGAUAUUUGAAUCGGACCACACCGAAUCGAAUAUAAUAUGGUCUGAUCCUUGGUCCCAUUAAUUUUAUAAAUACUGAAAAAAAUGGACCGAAUUUACAUUUGGACCAGACCAAAGCGGACCAAACGGACCGAAUGCACUAUUUGUCCGGUCUAAGCUAUGUUUCACAAUUGGACUGCGAUUCUUUGAAUUUGGUCUGAUUCGGUCCGGACCGGAUCGAUGCCCACCCCUAGUGGCAAUCAAUUGAUUGAAGGAAGCAAAAAUGAUUAUUUGACUAAAAGACUGAAUCCAUGGAUUGUAUUCAUGGUAUGGGGGUCUAUGGGUCACAUGGAUUUCUGGAUCAGAUCAUGAAUCCAAAUGACAUCUAAACAUUAUAUUAAUAUGUAAAUUUUUAAAAUUUUAUGUACAAAAAUAUCGUAAUAAAUAAUUUUAGGUACCAAAAUGUAAUUUUCAAUGAUAUUUUUCAUCAAUACAAUUUUAGGUACCAGAUUAUAAAAUAUAUAAAUUAUAGUACUAAAUUAAGCGGAUGGACUAGAUUGGAUUGGUACAUUGUAUAUAAAAUUGCAACCUAUAAUGGUGAAGCCAUAUUCUUGACAAAUUAUAGUACUAUAUCACAACGGAUAACAAUUAAAUUCACAAAAACACUACUAUCAACCCCAAAUUUAUAUUUAUCGAAAAAAUGACAAAUAAUUAGAGGAGAGAGAACAUUUAUUUUAAUAUAUUUAUUAUUUAUAAUUUUGUGAAAUACCGAAUAAACCCUUCAUUACUAACUACCGUCAGAUUUAACUUAAAAAAUGGAUGGUGAUUAGAGUAGUUAGCACUCUAACCUCUCACAAAUAAUUGGAGAAGGAGAGACAAAAAAUGUGGGACAAAAUAAAUGAGAGGGUGAUUU